AUGCCCCAGGCUACGGCGUACCGGUUCUCCAUCUCGUGGCCACGCGUCCUACCCAAGGGCGACCUCAGCGUCAUCAACCAGGCAGGCAUUGAUUACUACAACAACCUCAUCAACGAGCUGCUGGCCAACGGAAUUCAACCUGUGGUUGGGAUUUUCGCCCACCCUAUCUACAGUGUGGAGGGUGACUACCCUGCAGUAGUGCGGGAAACGGUGGACAACAACAGCAAAGCAGAAGGACUAGCGCGCUCAGGGCUGCCAAAAUUCACACAGGAGGAAAUAGAAUACAUUAGAGGCUCUGCUGAUUUCUUCGGUCUCAACACAUACGGUUCACAGUACACAGCGGCUGGAGACUUCCCCAUUGCACCGUCUCGCAGACACGAUUCCGGCGUCAUCACAAAGGAUGAUGAGAUUCCACUCGAUCAGUCAGCCGCAGGGUUCAGAAAGAUAUUGAACUGGGUGGCUGCCGAAUACCCUGGAUACCCCAUUUUCGUGUCGGAAAAUGGCCUAGGCAACGACGGUAGCGUCGGUCUGAACGACACGGACAGAGUAGAGUAUUUUGCGGCUUUCCUUCCUGCCCUUUUGCAAGCUGUGAACCUAGACAACGUUCCCGUGGUCGGCUACACGUGCUGGAGUCUCAUGGAUACUCUGGAGUGGCAACUGGGAUACUCGAUGAAAUAUGGCUUGUACCAAGUGGAUUUCGAUAGUCCAGAUCGAACGAGAACACCAAAGGAGUCUGCACAUUUCAUGUCCACAAUCUAUGGGACCAGACGAGUUCCAGAAGAGUACUUUCGCUAGAGAUGCUGAGACAGUAUCACUCCAUGU